AUGAAUUUCUUAAACGAAUCCUUCGCGAUCAACGCGUCCGCGGCCGCACCAGUGUCCUCAGAGUCUCCUCCGGCGGCGGCCUCUCCAGCCCAGCCGGGCGUCAUAGCCACCGUAGCGGCGCUGGCCAUCGCCGGGAACCUUCUCAUCCUCGUGGCGACCAGAAGGCGGGAGACCUUCCCAUCCAGCAGCCGGCUCUUCAUUGCCUCCAUCGCCUGCUCGGACCUGCUGCUUGGGUUGGCCCUCGCGGCCAUGGUGAAGCCCGCCGAGUCAGGAGAGUGGGUCUACUCCGAGACCGCCGCCCGUGCCACGGCGGUCAUCACACACGCCUCCUCCACCAUGACUUUUGCUGCUCUCGCAGGCCUGAACCUAGACCGAUACAUGGCACUGAAGAACAACGGAGAGGGUAUAUCCCACAAGAAGACCUGCGGCUUUCUUCUCACCGCUUGGGUUGGGGUAUACACUUGGUUUAUCAUCUGCACAGUCUAUUGGGUUCCCGUAUAUUACGAUCCGAUCAUGUCCGUCACGACUUAUGAUCUCUUUGCCUGCAUAUGGUUUACGGCAGCGUCGUUUGUCAUAUCUUGUAGCGCUCUUGCCGUGACAAUGUAUUGCGUUGUCCGGAUCUUAAAAGCGGUGUGUACGCCGCCCGAGCCGCCGCCGGCACCUGCUGUUAUUAUUAACAUGCCCGGGCCGGGGGGUCCACCCCAGAACGCUAACCCGGCCGUGGCUCCAAACCACCACGAUGAUCGCUCGUACGCUAAGGUUGUGCUGAUCUUAACCCUCAUACAAACAGUAAUGCCACUUCCGUGGAUGGGUAUCUUAAUCGCAGGUUGGCUGGGGCAUCAUCUGCCCACCGCCCUGUUUUGGUCGCUCUGGGUGGCGUGGUUCAACACCUUCCUGGACGUUGUCGUGUACAGUGUGUGCCAAAAGUCCUUCCGUAAAGUCGUAAGUGAGAUGGCGAGGUCCGUCGCCUUCGGUUUGUACAUUGUGUGCUGUAGCAGAAACAGCGUAGAGGUGGGCCCACAGCAGAACGUAGCAACGACCUCUGUGUAA